AUGAGAAGAAAUAUCUCUAUGCUUAAAUACCAUAUAUUAUACAAGAAAGCAUUAAAACCCACUUGGUUCCAAGAAUAUAGAAAGAAUGAAGUGAACUUUUUCUUUCUCUUCGAUAGGAAGAGAAAUAUUAUAUCAGGAAAUAUUUCAGAAAAUAAAGAUAUGAAAAUAAAACAUGUGGAGGACACAAAAUUAAAAAGUGUAAAGAAAAAUAAAAAUGUGCAAGAAGAAGAAAACGAUGAAGAUGUGUAUGUAUUAAAUGGAAAACCUUUAUAUGCACAGAAAAAUAAAAAAAGUAAAGAUGAGAUAAAAAAUAAAGUGUCUUCUUUAAAGAAAAUAAAAUAUUUAACAAACACAGAUAAUUUCUUUUAUGCUAGAUUAAACGAAAGCUUAAGUAAAACAAAAAAAAAUAAACCAGAUAAAAAGGAAAUAAUAAAAAAAGAAGAAUAUAAUAAUAGAGAUCAAAUAAUACAAGAAAUAGAAUAUAAAAAAGUUAACGAUGAAAAUAACAAACAAAAAAAUAUUUCUAGUCAUAUAUAUAGUACUGAACAUAUACAGUAUAAUCAAAAUGUACAGUAUAAUCAAAAUGUACAGUAUAAUCAAAAUGUACAAUAUAAUCAAAAUGUACAGGAUAAUCAAAAUAUACAGGAUAAUCAAAAUUCACCAUGUGUUGAUAAUAUAAAAAGUGAUAUAUAUAAUGAACUUACCAAUAGUCAUAACAACAUAAAUAAAAAUAAUAAUGCUAUCAUUAAUAAUGAUAAUAAUAAAUGUACAGAAAAGAUACCAGGGGAAAGCAAACAAAUGUUCUCAGGAAAUCUUGUGAAUCUUACUAAUAAUAUUAAAAUUGAUGAAAACAAAUUAAAUAUAGAAGGAAACCAUGAUAAAUUAACAACAAAUAAUAUAUAUAAUAAUAAACAAGUUAAUGAAAAAGAAGAAAAUAAAAUUCAUUCUAAUAAAUCAAAUAAUCAAUAUAAUGAACAGAGUAAUGAUUUAAAUAUUAAAAAAUUUCCUAAUGAUAAUAAAAGUAUAAAACAAGAUAUUUUUGAAGUUUUAAACAAAAUAAAUAAUGAAAAGGAUAAAAAAGAAGUAGAAAAAUUCUUGAAUCAUUUUUUAUUAUAUAAAAACAAUAACCCUUCAAAUAUUUUAGGAAAUUUUGUUAGUUUUUAUUUUUGUAAUAUCUUAAGUGAAGAUCUAAAAGAUUUAAAAUAUUCUUAUUAUGAUGGUGUAAAAUUAUGUGUUAAUACAUUCUUAAAUUCUUUGAGAGAAUUAAAUGAAAAUCAAAUAUCUAAAAUGACAAAUGUUUAUUUAGAAGAAUAUUUUUUAAAUAUAUUCCGUAUUUUAAAAGAUCAUAAUCUGAAUUUACAUUUUGAUAAUAUAGAAAUAAUCAAUAUCAAAUUAUUAAGUGUAUAUAAUAUAUUAGGUUUAAUUCGAAAUAUUAAUGGGAAAAGAAAUUUUCAAAAAAAAAAAAACAUCAAAAAGUUUUUAUAUCAAUAUAUAUGUAUUGAUAAUAAAGAUAUAGCUUUAUUAAAAAGUAAAAAUAGAAUAAAAUUCUUAUCAAAUAUUAUAAAAAAUGGAGUAACUACACGUAUGCAUAUAUUAGUAACUUUGUCGUAUGAUUUAUCUUCAUAUGAUAAUGUUUCUUCCAAUAUUAUUACAAAAAAUAAUAUUAAAAAUACAACAAUGGAAUUAAUUUUUGAAAACCAGUUGGAAAAUCCAAACUUCUCUAUACAAUCUAAUGAUACUUUAAAUUUAAAAUCAUCUGGCUGGUAUUUGGCAGACAUCAAUCAAAUAUUAAAUGAGAACUUGCCUUAUGAAUGA